GUGGCUUCAGAGUGGCAGAUGAGGUGGACACACACAGACGUGCAGCUUAAGAGUCCUCAAAAGCCACAUACGCUGCUGAUGAGUCACGCUGGAUCGUCAUGUUAGUCACACUGAAUCAUAGCAUCAGCAAAAUGCCUAGGGUGACGAAUGUGAUGAGAGGCUGUUUGUACAUGCUGCAGACAUAAUAACAAAAAAACAUGCACCCAGCAUUCACCAUAAACUGCAUGAGAUGAGAGGAGAUAACACUUUGCCUUGUGUUAUGAGGAGAUACAGCUUUAUUUCGUGUAAGUGUGUACAGUAUGGCACAAUAAGCUUGAACUUAAAUUAAUCCAUUUAACUUAUUCAGUUCAGUCGUUUUUCACAUUGUGUUUCACAUGUUUUGUUUUGGAACACAAUCAUGACAAUUGACAAAUAUGGUGCUUACAUUUUAAAUCUGUGUUUUGGCAACAGGAUAUGGUCUCACUAUGUUAAAGAUGUUAUUUUAUUAAUGCCUAAGUUAUAUGGUUUUGAUUGGCCACUUUUUGUCAGUGAAGAAGUGACUCCCCUAACUCCAGAAUUGUAUUUGGGUGAACAGUACGUCCUUGGAGUUUCAGUUAGUUGGGAUGUUUCCUCUGUUGCAACAUUACUGGAAGGCUUUCCCAUUAAAGGGGCAUUAUGGAGUUUUCAGCCGCCACUAGUAGUGUGGUUUUAAGAUGGCAAGCAGGUGUGUGCUCCUACGCGUGCUCGCCUGAACUCAUGAGCAAGCAUAAUGUGAAAAAUAACCGCUUUCAUACAGAGAUCCUGCAAUCAACACGGAAACAUCAGCAUGCCGACGGUGGCUUUUCACACAGACAUGUUCAGGCUCUGUUACUUCAACGUUCCCGCGUCAUACACGUAGACUGUAUAUAAAAAGGUCAUACAGUGCAGCGAGCCAGCAUAUUGGAACAGUACUCCCAGGAAAAAAAGGCAGUGUGACAGUAGCUAUAAACAAAAAAGGACACAGCUUCACACAACAUGCUGGGAACUCAGAUAAACUCCAACAGCAAUGUUACAGUAAUAUAUUUUAUCAGCUUGAGGUUGAAUUAAUCCAUGCUCACAACAUGAAAAUGUUACAUUUACUGCAUUUAGCCGAGGUUAUUCAUCAGGGUUAGCUCGUCUGCCACUUUUCAGUAACGUUACUGUGUAUCUUUCAUCGGAGGCUCAGCAAUGUGAGCACAGCUAAAUGUACUGGAUGAUAAUGAAACAGUUGGUACAAACAAGAUUGUUGAUACACUUUAUAAAAGGUAGACCGUAGUAAGUAACAUUACUGUAGAGAAUGUUUCUUCCAAUGUGGUGAUGUUCUAUGCUGUCUUGUAUAUUACGUGGGUGACGUAAGUUACAGAGAUUGAGACACUGAAGAAGCUGUGUACCUGAUAAAUAUAUCUAUCUAUUGCUUAAAUUUGUACUCACACCAGUCUGUGUUAAGAUUGUUGGAGUGAGCAAUCAGAUAACAGGCCUUUAAACUUUUUCUUUAAACAACAGAACACUUCCUGUGCUUGAUUUAGGCCAGCUACAGAGCCUUCUUUGCUUUAAUUAUUUGACUUUUUUGAUUCAGUUAUUCUAGCCAAGUCACCUCCACAGUUACCUAAACGGAGUGUGUUUGUGUGUGCUCAGUCUGUAUUGCAUGUUAGCAGUUGGCUCUGCAAUACAAAAAAAAAAACUGAGGUAAUGGAUUAACUGGGGGUAAAUUGUCAACCUUUAAAUUAGGGCUGAACAUUAAACCAAAAUCUUAUUGAAAUUGCAAUAUAUGGCCUAUAUGAUCAAAAAACGCUUGGCAUUUGCAAGAUUUUAGGUUCUGGACGAAAUGCAAUCCUCAUGAGUUUUUGGAGGCACUCCUCAGCAAACAAAUGCGUGCAUGGCAUUGUCCAAAGAGAAUGCAGGAGAGAUAAGUUGAUCAUAGCCUUUUGUUAUCGGGAGACAAUCAUCAGUGCCCUGGGCCAGAAAAUCAAUCUUGGAGAAUUAGAGAUUUUAAGGCGGGCAUGGAGGGUAGCUGGCUGCGGAAAGGGGGUGUGUCGGACGGCAGGUGUGUGGCAACGGAGUCAGAAGAGAAGUUAAAACGACGAGCCAGCAAGCAUCUGAACAGAGAACACUUCUCUGUGGGAGCAACAAUGGAUAUGACAGCACAGCAGAAACAGAUCCCCGUCUCUCAGGAGAAGCAACCCUGGUGGGGGGGGGUUUCUUUACCAUCGGACAGGCUGUGCCAAAGGAGCGGUCUGCAGUCGGAAGCUGACAGCAGGGGACACACAGAGAGGUCUGCACAGACUCAUGCUGGCUCUUCCGUGGUGGAAAAGCUACAAGCAGAGACACCGAUCCUGGACUUCAGUUUCACUAAAGGAAAGCAGGUGAGGACAAAACUGUCCCAAGCAUUUAACCACUGGCUCAAUGUUCCAGACGACAAACUGCAGGCACGACCUCGGAGUUUCAGAGCAGACCAGGUGAUUAUCACAGUGACAGAGAUGCUGCACAACGCCAGCUUGCUCAUAGACGACAUCGAGGACAGCUCCAAGUUGCGGCGAGGCUUCCCCGUGGCCCACAGCAUCUAUGGCAUUCCCUCCGUCAUCAACUCGGCCAACUACGUCUACUUUUUGGGGUUGGAGAAGGUGCUGACCCUGGAUCACCCUGAGGCUGUCCAAGUGUUUACCCAGCAGCUGCUGGAGCUGCACCGUGGUCAGGGCCUGGACAUCCACUGGAGGGACACCUACACCUGUCCCACAGAGCAGGAGUAUCGCAACAUGGUGCUGCAGAAAACUGGAGGGCUCUUUGGCCUGGCCGUGGGCCUGAUGCAGCUCUUCUCGGAUUGGAAACAGGACCUGAAACCCCUCCUGGACACGCUGGGCCUCUUCUUCCAGAUCCGCGACGACUACGCCAACCUCAGCUCUCAUGAGUACAGCGAGAAUAAGAGCUUCUGUGAGGACCUGACCGAGGGCAAGUUCUCUUUUCCCACCAUUCAUGCCAUAUGGUCGCGUCCGGAGAGCACCCAGGUGCAGAACAUCCUGAGGCAGCGCACAGAGAACAUGGACAUCAAACGAUACUGUGUGGACUACCUGGAGAAGGUAGGCUCGUUUGCCUACACCCGUCAGACUCUGCGGGACCUGGAAGUGGAGGCCUACCGCCUCAUCGGGGAGCUUGGGGGAAACCCUCAACUGGAAAGCCUUGUCAAACACCUCAGCCAAAUGCACCACGAGGCUGAGGCCACAGCAGAGUCCCGUACUGAGCCACGCCACAGCCACAGCCCCUGACCUCACCCACCUUUCGCUGCUACGCGAAUCACAUGCUAGCCCAACACACUCCACUAACACAGAAGCUUUGCUAAUGAUGCAGACAUACACAUUCCUGAAAACGCACACAGCGGUAUGUUACAACUAUUUUAUGGGUCACUCAUUAACCUUGAGAAGUUGAAUUUGAUAUUGACAGCUUUGACUGCAGCUAUGAGACAGCAAAUCAGCCACAAAUGUUGCCUCUCUCUUUUGUGCAGUAGAUCCUUCAAGUUUUGCUUACACAUCAGUAAGUUAUAUCCAAGUGUAGGCGUGUGUGUCAGUGGAAGAAAUUAAUUUAUAGAGAAACUAACUUGUUAUGGUUUUAAAUUUGCUUUCCUGAAAAUGACAAAUAAUAAGAUGACAACAAAGUGUAAAAGCCUUCCUUUUGAUGUGCAUAUAAAUGUUGUUUUUUUUUUUAAUGUUUUGGUGUUUUUAUCAGGGUGGAGUGAAUGGUUGGUGUAUUUUUUCUGAAGUCCCUGUUUAAAAUCAUGUGGAUGUCCUGAGUGUAUGAUGUCAGAUUUGGGGAUCCUUAAUCAUUAAGCCACCGGAGUGCCAAUCCUUUAGAAAAGCCCUCUGCAAAUCAAUUGUCAAAUUGUUAUGUAACAUGCUGGCAUUAUAUGCAAAGUAGUGCAUAUGAAUGCUCUGUUGAUACUUGGGUUUAAUGCAGACGGUUUUUCCUUCUGGUUCAGAUUCAGAACAUCUCUGAAAUUGUAUUAGGGUGAUUCAGUUAUAUUUGUAAGUAGACACUGUGCUGCAGUUAAGAACUUAUUUACAUCUAUUGAAUAAAAAAAACGUUUAAAUAUAA